AUGCUGGAGGCCUUUGUAUCGCCGCAAGAACGUGACCAUUUGUUGCGCAACAUUGGAUCAAUCGCCAACUUGGACCAAAAGCUGGCCUGGGUGGCGCGCUGGACCAACCCCCGACUACCACUACCCGUCUUGGUCGCGGCCAUGCUUCUCAUCGAGCAGGUCUGGUUCAGCACCGCGUUCAACAUAAUCAAUUGGUUCCGAGUGAUCAACUCGCUGCCCGAAAUGGUAAAGGCCAACGAAUUUAUCAUUAGGAAUGAAAACUUGCACGGAGACUAUGCCGCCUACCUCAUGCGCAGGUACUUCAACUAUACAGAGAAUGGGCCCCUGCAGGAGCUGGUUGAGCUGAUGAUUGGGGAGGCGCGCGAAGCCGAGCUCGCCUUUAUUCGCGAGGUUACGAGACCGUUGGCCGACCUGGAGGGCAAUUGCAUGUACGCGGGGGUUCAGUUUCCAGUGCUGUACGACCACCUUGGGAAAACUAUUGGGACCGUGCGGGUGCAAUUGAAUGGCGACCGUGGCGGCGGCGGCGGCGGAAUUGGAUCCGGCCUGAACUUGUCCCUUCUCACGGCCCUCGGCGUGGGCAAGGACAACUUUUUCGAGUACCGUGCGCCCAACUAUCAGAAUUCCACGGCCGGAUCCGAGUCCAUUGCCGCGGCCGUAGAGCGUGCUUUCAAUGAAUAA